AUGGGGACUUGGGUUUUGGUUAUUGGUGGAGGAGAUGGUGGAGUCCUGCGGGAAGUAGCUCGUCAUUCCUCAGUAGAGAAGAUAGACAUUUUUGAAAUAGACAAGAUGGUUGUCGAAGUCUCUAAACAAUUUUUCCCUGAUAUAGCAGUAGGUUUUGAGGACCCACAUGUAACACUUACUGUUGGUGAUGGAGUUGCAUUCUUGAAGAAUGUUCCAAAAGGAACUUACGAUGCAGUUAUAGUGGAUUCAUCCGACCCUAUUGGCCUUGCUCAAGAGCUGUUUGAAAAACACUAA